AUGGAGGACAUUGGCGGGGUCAUGGAGGAGGCUCACAUCUGCCCACGGAGAGAACACAACUCCUACGCUCCAACAAGGCCCAACGUUUUGCAUUGCUUCGGCGUGGAUUUCCUCUCGAACAAAGAGGUUCUGGAGAUUUUUGCAGCCUGGCAACCCCAGCAGGUCGAGUGGCUAGACGAUUCCUCCUGUAAUCUGGUUUUCGAAGCGGAGGACUCUGUGCAGAAGGCCAAGCAAGAGCUGGCAUUGCCUGGCCAGUCUUCCCAAGAUGAAAUUUGGUUGAAGACCAAGCCGAUCUCCAUUGGCAAGCAGAAGGACGCCAAGAAGGGAAAGGCUCGGCGUGGAGGUCUCAAGGAGUUGUGCCUGCAGCUUCGACUGGCAACCGAGGCAGACCGGAAGGACCCGGGUCACUCCGGGCACACGGACUCCGUGUACUAUGCGCAUGUGAAGGAGCAGCAGGCCCUGGAGAAGCAGGCAACGGAACUGAGGCGCAUGAAGAAGCGCCAAAGGCAAAUGACACCAAGACGGAAGGAGCUCGCUCCGCAGUCUGCAGAGGAUGCCACCGGCCAAGGUUCAAGUGUAUCUUCGAAGCCAUGCUCCUCAGGGGAGCUGCAGGCUACUCAGAGCUCUCCUGCCGACUCAGAAGGCUUGUCACAGGCGAAGGCCACGACAGAAGGAGCACCUUCUUUCCUGUCUGCGCGCCUUGGGUCGUGCAACCUGCUGGACCCGCUGCUGUUCAUGAAAGCCUCGUCUGUCAACACCGCAUCAUCUGCGCAGACCGCACCAGGUGGAGGAGAGAAACCCGCGCAGACUGACAGCAUAGCGUUGAACAAGGAUGACGACCUCAAAGCAGCACUGAAGCGGGCGGAGGCCGAAUACGCAGCAGUGUUGCACGCUGCAGCGCCAGCCCACAGUACAGCAGGGGCAGGAACGGCCACCCCGGGGAGACCGCAGCGAGCGACCGCGGGCAGAAGAGGCAGAGAGGGAACCCCCGGAGCUGGACGAGGGAGAGAACAGACGCCAGGUCGAGGUCCAGGCCAAUCCCAGAGAGGAAAGAAAAGGAGGCCUGUCGAGCAAGAGCCAAGACCCGUGAACGAGGCUGCACCACCGAACCGGAAAGCGGAGCUACUCCCACCAGUAGAAAAUUUCCUCAAGAAGCACGGCGUCAGAUGCCGAAGGUAUACGCUGCAGCGGUCUUUCCGAUCAAUCAGAUAUGCGCAGCAAGAAGCAGCCAAAGCCAAGGCGGUUGCAAGCAAAGAAGGUAAACAAGUGCCUGCAAAGGCUUCCGAAAAGAUAAAGGCUGCAGAAAUCCCACCUUGGGAUCAGUACCUGCAGGCUAACUCGUCCUUCGUUUCGCAGGGCAAUUUUAUGCAGACAGUGGCGUGGCAAGUAGAGGGGAGGCGCGUGCUCAGCGUCGUACCACACGAGAAGAUGACCGAUGUCGAGAAAGUUGCCAAAGCUGUGCAGAAGAACGUGUCGUGCGUGAAACAGUGCAAGCUGGGCGACAUUUCCAAGGAGACUGGGUUCCCAGCAUUUGUUUGCCCGCCUUUUGGUUAUCCACCUGAUGCUGAAGGCCGGCCCCCACUUCUUCUUGUUGACAGCUCUGUCACCGAAAUGAAGCGGCCGCUGCUCUUCGAUGUUGGCUCCAUGGGCGUCUCUCUCACAGUCAGUGAGUUCCUCCGCAGCACGCGUGCCUGUUGCGUGGAGAACCUGGCGCAGCCGAUGCCAAACUCGAGGAAGAUACCGGUUGCCGAAAGCGCAGAUGGGGCAGAUGGGGCCUCUCGGGGCGCUCCAUCACCGGAGCCGGCUCCCGAGCCGGCCCCGAUCAUCAAUGAGGCUGAUGCCAUCAUGACGUCUCGCCGCGUCAGUGGCAUGCCAGUCUAUCUUGGGAUCAGUGACCUUUCAGCUGAACAAGAGAACUCUGCACCAGAUUGCACCAGGUGGUUCUCAAAGAUUGGCAAUGCAUUGCCCAGCAUGGCAGAGGCAGCGGCUGCUGCGAAGGCCGGAGACUUCAAUGCGUUGUCCAAAGCUGCAUCCUCUGCUCAGCAGGGCUUUCAGCAGGGCUUCUCUGACAUCACAGGGAAAGCAAAGGGGAUGGCCAAGCAAGCCUCCACGACCAUUUCGGAGAAUGCAAUUUCCAGAGAGAGGUGGAUGACCUUCUUUGGGGGAGCUCUACUUGGCUGCUUUCUCAUGAGUCUUGCCUUCGUGUUCCUGCCUAUCGUGGUUCUAAUGCCGCAGAAAUUUGCGUUGCUUUUCACCCUUGGUUCACUGUGCUUCCUCGGAAGCUUUUCGGCCCUUCGCGGGCAUGCGGCUUUUGCGAGGCAUUUGUUUUCCCGCAGCCGGCUUGCUUUUACAUUGACCUACAGCGGUUCCAUGGGCGGCACUCUGUGGGCCUCGCUGAUCUACAGGUCCUACUUGUUGACCAUUGCCUUCUCUGCGGUGCAGGAGCGAUUGUCAGAUGGUGAGUUCACUAGUGCUGGCAUCCCAGAUGCGGGUAGAUGCACUCCAGAAUGCAGGGAAGCCGUGUUUUGCUCCGUGAAGCUUGGAGAUCUCCUUAUCGCAAUGGGCCCGGCAAGCGGUGCCAGGCUGCAGAACGACAGGAAGCCACAUCCGGCUUUUGACGUGCCCGGUGAGGCAGAUCUGGUUGGCAGGAUUUGCGAGAUCCUGGCCUUCCACCCAAUCGAGGUCAACAACCUCUCUUCUAGAUUUGCUACAGUUUUCAACCAGGUUGUGCGCAACAGUGAGCACACACCUUUUUCUCCAGAAAAGCGAAACGAUGGCAGCUUCAAGAAGUGGCUGCUGGCUUGUGGCUUCGAGGUUGGACCUCUUUUUGAUCGGAAUAAGUCUUUGGUUUACUUGCCGUCGCCGCGGCCAAAAGCCUCGCGCGGAGACAUCUCUCAACCAAGGCGGCGUUUCCACUGCAGCAUCGGAGGACAAGCAGGAGCCCGGGAAGGAUGCGACGGCCUUACUGGGAUCGCCCAUUCCGUCGAGGAACAGAAGGCAAGCCUCAACCGCCGGUGGGAGGUGAAGCGUCCAGAUGAUGUCCAGCCACAGAACCAGCUGAGUAUGCUGAUGGCAGCGGCUUGCUUUCUGGCAGCGCCGACUGUCUCUCCGGAUGCCUCGCCUCCAAAGUCGCAGGCCCGCAAUUGUCCGGACACGACACUGACGUCAGCAGAGCCCGAACCAGAGCGGUCGGAGUCAGUGCAGGAUGAUGCGUCCGAGCAGGACAUCGGUAGCGUUAGCGCAGCACAGGACAGUGCACCUGCUGGACAUGACAUUGAAGAGGAUGCAGACAUCGAUACAGAGCCGGAAGAGGCAAACCCGGAAGAAUCGGAAGCAGCCUGGGUGGAGGUUCGGUCAGCAAUUGAAGAGCUGGACGAGGCAGACUUUGUCUUGGUUGGUGACACCAGUGCCGCUUGGGAAGAGGUCGAGCAGUGGAAGGAGAGCCAUGAAGGGACUGGAGACGACGGCCUGAACAGGUGGUCCAUCGAGGAUGUGGUUUGA